AUGGCAUCUGUUCAUCCCUACCAGAAGCUUAACAUUGACGAGAGGGUGAAGAGAGUACUUUUGGAAACACCACUCAUUGACGGACACAAUGAUUUACCCCAACAGCCCAGAGCUUGCUUCCAUGGCAAAAUUCACGAUAAUCCAAAAUUUGAUCUGGAGAAAGGGUUUGAGAGGGGAAUGACUGAUAUCCCUAGACUACGUGAAGGUGCUGUUGGUGGCCAGUUCUGGUCUGUCUGUGUUCCUUGUCUGAGAUCUGCCGAGAACUUUUCAACGCCCGAAUAUUCAGAUAUGGCUCGAGAUGCGAUUGAGCAAAUUGACCUAACUCUUCGUCUUGUUGAGUCUCAUCCGGAUGUCUUCCAGCUUGUCAAUGGUCCAGAUACAGUCAAAGAGGUGUAUAAGUCCGGAAAAAUCGCAUGCUCUAUUGGAAUUGAAGGGCUUCAUAUGGCUGGGAAUAGCAUCGGAAUCAUUCGAGCUUUCUACAGAUUAGGUGUUCGAUAUUGCACUUUGACUCAUGUCUGCAACAACGCCUUUGCGGAUAGCUCGACAUCUAAAGUCGGGCCAGUUCAUGGCGGACUCUCAAAACUAGGACGAUCUGCCGUUGUCGAAAUGAACAGACUCGGAAUGAUCAUUGACUGUUCGCAUGUAUCUGAAGACUGCGCAAAGCAAGUCCUCGCGCUGACUCGUGCGCCUGUCAUGUUUUCUCAUUCUAAUGUUCAAGCAGUCUUCGACUGCCCACGUAACGUGCCAGAUGAUGUUAUUGACCUGGUACGUGAUAACGGUGGAGUUAUCAUGGUGACCUUUGUACCCGAGCAUGUCACCACUCGCCGUGCAGAUGCCACAAUGGACAUGGUACUAGAUCACCUAUUCUAUAUCGCAGACCGUAUUGGCUGGGAUCAUGUUGGCCUGGGCUCUGACUUUGAUGGAAUUGCAUCUGUCAUUCCAGGCUUGGAAGACGUUAAAUGCUAUCCAAAGCUUCUGCAGAGAAUUCUGGAUCGCGGCGCAACUGAAAAACAGCUGGCUAAGGUUGCAGGCGAAAACCUGCUCAGAGUGUGGAGAGGUGUUGAGGCGACUCGCGAUCAAAUGGCAGCGGAGGGUGUUAAGCCUGUAGAGGAUGUUUGGGAAGAUCGGACUUGGUGGCGCUACGAUGGUUAUUACCAAAUGCCAGACCCGGAUCCGGAAGACAAACUGGGACUGGAUUGGUAUGGUGUACCACCUCCGAGUGAAGGAUUAUAUCUCAAAGAAGGCGAAAAAUGA